GUGCCGCACAAACUCCAGAUAAACACCCCAUCCACGUGUAAAACCAAAGACCACAGCAAAAUCUCCGUCUUCCCCAAUUAUCCAAAACACCAAACCCUAAAACCUUCAUUCAAUCAAUCUCAAUGGCGAUGAUUCAGUGAAGAUUACCCACUCUCCUCCACAAUUCCUACAUGCCAUUCAAUAAUUCCUCAAUCAAUUUCCCCUUCCCCCCUUCCUAGACCCCAUUUCUCUCUCCUCUCCGAAAAUGGCGCUGCCUCAGCUCCUGCAUUCUCCUCCAUCUCCAUCGCCCUCGUCCUCCACCUCCCUAAUCUCCCCCAAACCCCAAUUAAACCCCGCCCGCAGCUUCCUCUCCCCACCGCGCCGCCGUCGCCCCAAUCCCCUGUCGUGCGCCGCCUCCUCGUUCCCGGAGAAGCACCACACAAACCCUAAAUCCGACUACGCGGCGGAGCUCCCCCUCUUCCCCCUCCCCCUCGUCCUCUUCCCCGGCGCCGUCCUCCCCCUCCAAAUCUUCGAAUUCCGGUACCGCAUGAUGAUGCACACCCUCCUCCACACCGACCUCCGCUUCGGCGUCAUCUACACCGACGCCUCCACCGGCACCUCCGACGUCGGCUGCGUGGGAGAGGUCGUGAAGCACGAGCGCCUCGUCGACGACCGAUUCUUCCUCAUCUGCAAGGGCCAGGAGCGCUUCCGCGUGAAUCGAUUGGUCCGCACCAAACCCUACCUCGUCGGCGAGGUCACCUGGCUCGAGGACCGCCCCUCCGCCGGCGAGCUCCACGACCUGGACGCACUCGCCGGGGAGGUCGAGAGCUACAUGAAGGAUGUGAUCCGCCUCUCGAAUCGCAUAAAUGGCAAGCCCGAGAAGGAGGUGCAGGAUCUGCGGAAGAACCUCUUCCCCACGCCCUUCUCCUUCUUCGUGGGAAGCACCUUCGAGGGGGCCCCGAGGGAGCAGCAGGCGCUGCUGGAGCUCGAGGAUACGGCUGUGAGGCUGAAGCGAGAGAAGGAGACGCUCAGGAAUACCCUCAAUUACUUGACGGCUGCGUCUGCCGUCAAGGAUGUGUUCCCUUCGACAUAGCAAUACCAAAUGUGGGGUAAUAAUACAGUAUGUGUUACUCCAUGUGCUAAUGUCUAAACUUUUGAUAUCCAAUACAUAAAAUUCACUUGCUCAAUUGCUUUUCUUGAAUUCAACUAUCUUGUAAGAGUUGAUAAAUUAGGAUCAUGAUCAAGAUUCAAGUAAAUGCUCUUGUUGAUUGUUGAGUAUGAUAGCACUUGUUGAUUGUUGAGUGUAACAAAUUAGGAUCAUGAUUCAAGAAAAUGCACUUGUUGAUUGUUGAGUAUA